AUGAGAAACCAAAACGAGAGUACAAUAAAUAGAAUUUACGAAUCGUCACUAAAAAAACUUGAAGAAAAUAUAGAGAAAGGAAAAAUAGUUUUAAAAGUGGAAAAGGAAAGAAAAAUAGAUUUUAAAGGAAUUGAACUUAAUUUAAAAAAACACAUGAACGAAAUGGCAAAACUUGUAAAAGAAGCUAAAAAUAUAAAAACAUUAUCAAGUAAUAAUAUAAAAGAUUUUUAUAAUUCUCUAAUUAAAUGUGAUGAAUUAUGCGAUAAAUUUACAACAGAUGAAAUAAAUAAAAAAAUAAAUGACAUUUUUGAUACAAUGUUAGUAGAAAUAAAUACUAAAUGUAAAACAGUAGUUUUAUAA